AUGAGCAUUACAUCCUGGUUUCUGGUGAGCACCAGUGGUACCCGCCACCGGCUGCCGAGAGAGCUCAUCUUCGUGGGGCGCGAUGAGUGUGAGCUGGUGCUUCAGUCCCGCAGUGUGGACAAGCAGCACGCCGUCAUCAACUAUGACCAGGACAGGGAUGAACACUGGGUGAAGGAUCUGGGCAGUCUCAAUGGGACCUUCGUAAACGAUGUGCGUAUCCCGGACCAGAAGUACAUCACGCUGAGACUUAACGAUGUCAUCCGCUUCGGUUAUGAUUCUAACAUGUAUGUACUGGAGCGUGUGCAACACCGUCUUCCCGAGGAGGCCCUCAAGCACGAAAAGUAUACCAGCCAGCUGCAGGUCAGUGUCAAGGGCUCAGCACCCAAGAGGGGAGAGCUGCAGCCAGACCACACACCGUACUGCGAGUCCUCGAACCCCAGGCCCGAGAAGGGGGACCGGAGGCCCGGGACAGAAACAGUGCCCUACCGCACGCCACUGUAUGGACAACCAUCCUGGUGGGGGGAGGAUGAUGGUGGCAGUCUACACGAGGACCGACCCCAGGGGGAACCUGACCCAGAGCGUACCAGGGGCCUGACACAGCAGGAUGGAGAACUAAAUGGCCCGUCAGCUGGUUCCCGGGCUUCAGUGGAGCCACAGGGGUAUGCAUUCCGGCGGGAGCCCAGCUACUUUGAAAUCCCCACAAAGGAGUCGCCACCAGCCUCUCAGUCCCCUGAGGUGCCAGCCCACGAGGCCCCCACCAAGGACCAGGCACCGGGCAGUUGUGGGGCAGCGCCUGUGGUACAGAGCCAUGCCUCCUUCACCAUUGAGUUUGACGACUGCAGUCCGGGAAAAGUGAAGAUCAAGGACCAUGUCACCAAGUUCGCCCUGCGCCAGCGACGGCCCCUGAGCAAGGAGACAGCACCUGUUGAGAUGGUGUCGGCCCAGACCAAGGUGGCUGACUGGCUGGUGCAGAAUGACCCCAGCCUGCUUCGACAGGCUGGCUCAGGGGAUGACCGCCACAGCACCAAGAGUGACCUACCCAUCCACACCCGCACACUGAAGGGCCACAAACAUGAGGACGGCACGCAGAGUGACUCAGAGGAUCCGCCGGCGGCAGCCGCUGCAGCCGGGGUACCUGUGGAGGCUGGUGGGGAGCAGACCCGGCUGCAGCGGCAGAUCAAGCGGGACCCUCAAGAGUUGCUGCACAAUCAGCAGGCCUUCGUCAUAGAAUUCUUCGACGAGGACACGCCCCGCAAGAAGCGCUCUCAAUCCUUUACACACGUGCCGCCUGCAGACCCCAAGACUGAGAAGCGUCCUCGUGCUCCAGGCCAGGCUGACAGGGACCGCCCGGGUACUGGCACGGCCCCGGCUCCAGCGCGGGCCACGGGCGUUGGCGCAGGUCCACAGCGGGCUGGGUCACUCAAGCGGGAGAAGGCGGAGGACAGAGCUGGUGGUCCUGCGCCCACUUCCCGCGCUCAGGUCCGUCCCUUCGGCAGUGUAGGCCGCCGCUCCCGCCUGACUCAGGAUUUCCUGGCCCAGUGCCUGCGGGAGGGGGCUCCAGCCAGCGGGCCCAACCCUGACAAGGUGGCCCCAGCCCUGCCUGCCUUGCUGCCACCCCGGGGAGCCAGCCCGGAAGUCCCCUCGCCUCCCGCAGACCCCCAGUUGACUAAGGCACGCAGACAGGAGGAAGAUGACAGCCUUAGUGAUGCGGGAACCUACACCAUCGAGACUGACGCCCAAGACCAGGAAGUGGAAGAAGCCCGCAAGAUGAUUGACCAGGUCUUUGGGGUGUUUGAGUCUCCGGAGCUGACCCGGGUUCCGUCAGCCAUCUUCCGUCCAGUCAUCAGAGACGACAGAGAGGAGGCUGCUGAUGGAGGGGUGGCCCAGCGACUGGCUAUGCUACAGGAGUUUGCAUCGCGGCCGACAGGCGCAGCCCCCCACACAGAGUCACAGGGCGUGCCAGGGUCCGGCUCACCUGGGGCUCAGAAAUGGGCAUCCCGCUGGACUAGCCUGGCCGACAGUUUCUCGGACCCAGGCCUGACAGAGGACAGUGCUGGCCACCGGGCCAUGACGGAACUUGAGGUGACCCUGCCCUCACGCACACGACGCCUCCUCCCGCAGCUGCCCAGUGAGCGGGCAGACAGCCCCGCAGGCUCUCAGGUCACGAGGAAGGCUGGGCCUGGGCGGCCAGAAUCUGGCAGUGAGCAGGCCGGUCCAUUCUUUGGCCAGGAGGACUUGGAUCCUGAUAGCCUCAGUGAUGCCAGUGGGUCUGAGGGCGGAUGGAACCCAGUGCCGAGCAAGGGGCAGCCGCCAGAGAAACACAGGUGCCCGGAGGAGGGGCCGGCAUGGAGGAGGGGCCGGCAGUCUCCCUGGACCCAAGGGGAACCGGCCUCCACCUCAUUCUUUAUCGGGGACCAGAAUGGGGAGGCCACGGGCACCCGGAAACCAUUUGCAGCUCCAGGCGAGCCAGAGGGCCCAGGGCCAGUACCUCCCCAGCGGGCCACCCCACCUAGCCCACAGACGAGGGAUGGCCUCUACGUCAGCACCAGUGGGCGUAUGGUCAUCCAGCUUUGCAAGGGACAUUCCCCGGAGCCCGGAGGCCCUGGCUCAGCACCCCCCAAGGAGAACCUGGCCUUUAUCCGGCAGGAGAGCUUCACCAAGGAGCCGGCCAGCGGCCCCCCAGCCCCUGGCAAGCUACCACACAUCUGCAGUCACCCGCUGCUCCAAGACCUGGAAGCAGUUCGGGCUGCCCGCUCAGACCUCCCCUCCCAGGACACCCGCCUGAUCCUGAAGGAGACCGAGACGGCGCUCGCAGCCCUGGAGGCCCAGCUGUUGUCCAAGUCUGCGGAGGCACAGGGGGACGGUGGUAGCCCCUCAGGGCCGCAAGAGGACUCCCUGUCCGGGGACUCGGAUGUGGAUACAGGCAGCAUGGUCAGCCUUCUCAGUGGGAAGAAUGGGUCUAGUCCAACGACCCCACAGCCUCCGGGGCCUCCGAAGGACAAGCCACUGGCUGCAUCGGACCCUGGAAGCUCUGCCCUGAGCAGCGCCCGCGGUCGACUGUCAGAGAAGCAGCGCCGCCCACCAGGCCCAGUGGACCCAGGCCGCGGAGAGCUGACCCGGCGCCUGUCCAUGAGGCGUGGGCACAGGCCCCCCGGGUCCCUGGACUGGCCAGAUGAGGAGCGAGGCUCCAGCCCUACCCACCUGCCUGCUGCGGACACUGUGGCUUCUGACCAUGAGAUGCCCGUAAGCACCAGGCUGGGACGUCCAGGUCCUCGUCGGAAGCCAGCUGCCCCACCACCAUCGCCGGCCGCCCGGGAUGAUCAGGGCAGAGGCUCCAACAGCUCCCAAAAGGUGCAACAGACGCUGACCCGCUCCAACAGCCUGUCCACCCCACGACCCACGCGAGCCUCACGGCUGAGGAGAGCCCGGCUGGGCGACACGUCCGAUACAGAGGCCGUGGACAGUGAACGGGGUGCUCCAGGCAAUCCUGAGCCGGCUGGUCGACCAGCCACUGAGCAGGCCAAGAAGCUGUCCAGACUGGACAUCCUGGCCAUGCCCCGGAAGCGGGCUGGUUCCUUCACCGGCACCAGCGAGGCCGAGGCUGCCCCUGCCCGGACAGGCUUCUCCGGUCGAAGCGUCGAGUUGUACUGCUCGAGCCGCAAGCCCAAUAUGGCUGAGGCUCGGGCCACCGCCCGGAAGGCUGCGGCUACCACCACCUCCAUGGGCCCUCGCCAAGCCUUCAGCAGGGCCCGUCCGGGCAGUGCUCGGUACCCCUCCUCCAACGCGCGCCGACGGCAGCCCGGCUCUGAUUACACGUCCACUUCGGAGGAGGAGUGCGGCUCCCCCAAACACGCCCGCUCCCAUACCUCAACAGCCACGCAGACCCCGCGGGCCAGCAGCUCCAGUCAGGCCCGGACCCGGGCCCCCGGUCCCCGGGAUACAGACGACGAGGAGGAGGCUGACCCCUAUGGCUUCAUUGUGCAGACCACGGAGAUCGCAGAGAUUGCCAGGCUGAGCCAGACGCUGGUGAAGGAUGUAGCCAUCUUGGCCCGAGAAAUCCACGAUGUGGCCGGAGACAGUGACCCACUGGUCUCGCCGGGGCCCACCCGCAGCCCUUCCCUCAGCAACGUGCCCAGCACCCCCGCCUCCACCAUGUCUACCCGCGAGGAGCUGGUGCAACGCAUCCCCGAGGCCAGCCUCAAUUUCCAGAAGGUGCCGCCCGGUUCUCUGAACUCCAGGGAUUUCAACCAGAACUUGAAUGAUAACCGUGAGGACCCCCUGACCUCCAAAACAAGACCUAGAAACCGCGAGGAGGUGAUCUUUGAUAACCUGAUGCUGAAUCCUGUGUCCCAGCUGUCACACGCCAUCCGCCAGCAUACUGAGAACCUCGCUGAGAAGAUGAAAAUCCUUUUCCAGAACACGGGGCGCGCAUGGGAGGACUUGGAAGCCAGGGUCAAUGCUGAGAAUGAGGUGCCCAUCUUGAAGACGUCCAACAAGGAGAUCAGCUCCAUCCUGAAGGAACUAAGGCUUGUGCAGAAGCAGCUGGAAGUCAUCAAUGCAAUGGUGGACCCCAGGGGGAACCUGGACCUGGUGACGGGAAACAGGAGCUCUGGGGGCCCAGCCCAGCCGGGGAAGGGCCGCGCAGCCCCCGAGAGCCCAUCACCUCCUUCGGCAGAAGCUCUUCUGCCUGCCCUGCGGCCAAGAGGCUGCCCACCGCGUGCAAACUGUGGCUCCCCCGGCCUCCUGGACCCCGUCUUCCUGCCCGACUUCCUCCCUGACGCCGAGCGCUUCCUGAUCUAG